AUGGUCGUCGUUUUGUGGCUCAGCAGUGGUUUCAUUGUUGUCAUCUUCAGACUGGUUGUGUUGGGUGACCUUGUGUAUCAUCUUGUUCUUGGUAUGCUGGUCAGAGCAAAUAAUCUUCAGGAGACCAUCCAGGUGAUUGCUGGCAAGAUAGAGGAGAUAGACUUACCGGAUAUGGUGGACAUGAUAAUAUCUGAGCCCAUGGGUUACAUGUUGUACAACGAGAGAAUGUUGGAGACGUACCUGCAUGCCAAGAAGUGGCUUAAACCCAGUGGCCGCAUGUUCCCUUCCCGGGGCGACCUGCACGUGGCCCCCUUCAAUGAUGAGUCACUUUAUUAUGAGCAGCUUAAUAAGGCAAAUUUCUGGUAUCAGAGUUGUUUCCACGGGGUCGACCUGUGUCACCUUCGAGAGCAGGCGCUCAACGAGUACUUACGGCAGCCCAUUGUGGACACUUUUGACAUUGGUAUCUGCUUAGCUAAGUCCAUCAGAUAUUCUUUGGACUUCCUGACAGCGCAGGAAAAAGAUCUACAUCAUCUAGUUAUCCCGCUGGAGUUCCACAUCUUAAAGUCUUGUACUAUGGGUUGGCCUUCUGGUUCGACGUGGCUUUCCUCGGCUCAUCACAGACGGUCUGGCUCUCAACUGCUCCCACAGAACCCCUCACUCACUGGUAUCAGGUCAUCCUCAACCAUCAUGUUUUGUGAUGAUAUCAUUGUCAGGUCUCCAGAUAAAGUGAGCUCACCCUCUUUUCUACGGCCAAAGAUGCUAGGCAUGGAAGUUAACAAAAAGAAAGUGGAGGAGUUCCAGGGUCAAAUGGAAACUGUUCUAAAGCAGUUUGAGACUGUUUGGCUCAAAGACCAACCUUUCAUUGCUGGGAAUCAGGCCACAAUCGCUGACCUCCUGGCUGCUUGUGAAUUAGAACAACCCGAAACCAUGAACAUACAGUCUCUCCUCGACUUAUGA